GCACACUCCCCCACCUCUCAGCCGGUUGCCACUGCGGUUAUCACGCGGGCUGGAUGUCGUCGUCGGAUGAAGAGGCAAGAGAGGCGACGGGGAAGACAUCUCUCCAUGGCUACCCGAUGGUCAGGUCUCUGUCGGAGGACGGGUUGGUGUUGAGGCGGCACGGGGAGGAGGGCCGAGCGGCCGAGCACGACGAGGGCGACGAGGAGGGGGGGGUGGGGGCCUCCACCCCCAGCGACAAGAAGCCGCCCAAGCAGCUCCUCCGCGCGAAAACCCUGGACCCGGUCCCAUCGGAGGAAUUCGACACGAGGAGGCACAUGUCCAUCACCCCUCCCAAAAAGCACAACAGGCAAUUCCACAAGCUCUUCAAAAGCAUCUCUCACCAAGAGGAGCUCGUCGAUACGUACACGUGCGCCCUGCAAAAGGACAUUGUUUACCAGGGCCGGCUCUUUGUCUCCAAGUCUUGGAUCUGCUUCCACGCCAACCUCUUUGGGAAAAGCAUGAAGAUCGCGGUGCCGGUCUGCGAGGUGACGGCCAUUCACAAGGACAAGACGGCGCGGCUCGUGCCCAACGCUGUGCGGAUCACCACCACCACCGCCACGCACACGUUCGUGUCGCUGCUGUCACGGGAGACGACGCUGAAGGUGCUGCGCGCAGUGUGCACCCACCUGGAGACCUUUCCAGAUGUACCCGACAGCCCGAAGCGUGGCCGGGACUCAGACUCCAGCGACAGCUCACGCAGCAACUCCCCCGAGCGGAGACACGAUAAACUCUCGAGGGCGCAGGAGCCCAGCUUCGACAGCGUGGACGGAGACGGCGGCCUCUACUCCCACAAUGCACCGGCAGAGGAGGGCGACGCUGCAGCCGCCACCCACAAUGCACCGGGGCCCCCAAGCUCUGGCCGCAGCCUCGGCUGCAUGCUGUGCACCUUGUUCCUCACGACGGUGCUGCUGGUGGGCAUCUCCUCGUACUUGGCCAUGAGGAUCGCCUUUCUGGAGAGGCACAUUCAUCUCAUGGAGGCCACACCGGGGCUCACCGAGCAGUGGGGCUGCCUCUCCUCCGAGCCCACCGCCGACGGCCACUCGUGCCUGAACAGCGCCAUCGCCACCGGCCUCAACGCGCUCAACAAGGUGCAGGCGGACCUGCGCAGGCUGCUGGACGACUGGGAGUGACUCUCCGCACGCCGCUCCUCCUCCUCCUCGGCGCGGGAUUCCGGCGGGCCGUGACGACCGCGUCAUCUCGGGGGGGGGGGGGGUGGUGACCCUUGCGAGAUGCUGCUAAUUUCCUACACAUCGGGACGUGUUCAAACUUCUCACUUUUUAUGCCAUUUUUAAACUAAGCACGUUCGCCCACAGGCGUGAAACAUGCGGAGUCGUGUGAAGGUAAUGGGGUUUUGGGACGGGUGGGCGCGGGGGGCGGUCACCCUUGCUGAAUUUUGGCUGUGGAAGGCCGGACAGCCCAAUCGCUCGCUCAACUCAUUCAGCCGGCCAUUCGCUCAGUCGCUCGUUCGGUCAUUCGGACACGAAUGAAUUCAGUCGCUCGCCCGUUACAACGCAUCGCUGCUCAAGCACUCGGUCGGCUGCCGCGUGCAGGGCCCCUCGUGGCUUUGUGCCUUUGUCGGCCAAUCAAGAGCUGGCGAGUUCUCGUCGUUUUUACUUGUAUAUUUUUUUAAGCGAAGAAGACGCCAAUAAAAACGCGUCGGGAGCUUGA